GGUCCUGUCGGUGCCUAUCCUUCUACCCUUCAGCCAUUUCCAGCUAUGGAACAUGAUCCUGGUCUCCUCUCUUCUGCUACUGAGCCUCUGGCGUUUGGGUCACACGGCUGGCACACCACCUGGAAAAGAUUUUUACCCCAAACCCACUCUCAGUGCUAAACCUGGGCCUGUAUUGGCCCCAGGGGGAAACUUAACUUUGUGGUGCCAAGUGCCAGUUCCAGCCACAAGAUUCAUCUUGAACAAAGUGGGAGAGGUCCAACCAGUCCAGAUUCAGGAAUCCUCGGAGUUUGGAGCUGAGUUCCUCUUUGAAAGGGUGACCCCCAGUCAUGGAGGCAGCUAUAGCUGCUGCUACCAGACUUCUUAUAACGAAUGGUCUCAGCCAAGUGACUCUGUGGAAGUGUGGGUGACAGACAUGUUACCAAAGCCCUGGCUCAUAGCAAUGCCAGGUCCCAUGGUGGUACCAGGCACCAAUGUGAGUCUGCGCUGCCAUGGCCCACUAGGGGGGAUGAGCUUUGCUCUUUAUCGUGUGGGCUUCCCAGGGCCCCUACAGUACCUCAGUUCCGCCCAGCCUUGGGCUGACUUUUCCCUUCAGGACUUCAUGGCUCCUGGAACCUACAGCUGUUACUACCAUACACCUUUUGCUCCAUACAUCUUGUCUAAGAGGAGUGACCCUUUGAUCAUCAGCUGGUCAGGUUCCACUCCCCAGGAUUAUACUACAGGCAACCUCAUUCGAAUGGGCCUGGCUGGACUGGUUCUCCUCACCCUGGGGACACUGGUGUUUCUAGACUGGAACAGAGGAAGGGGCUGCCAAGACUGAACCUAGAGAUCCCCUUGAGCAACAGAGUUAAAGUAAAGACACUGGGUCUUGAGAUGUGGAACGGGGUGACAUGACCUGGAGAUAUGAGGGUUCUUUGGAGAAGGAUGAAAAGGUAUUGUGGGAAAGCUUGAUGGGUUUAACUUGUAUUAUUGGGACUAGAAGCUAAAGUAAUGGAAUGGAAUGGAAUGGGCCUCUGCUGUUGGACUUAGAGGUUGUGAUAAAGGAUGGAAAAAUUUGCAAACUUUUCCAUCCUUUAUCAUAAGGUGUGAUAAGUUCCUGACAGUCACAUGCUACAUUAUUACAAUUAAACAUCCACAUUUAUGUCCAUAUUGUAUUUUGAAUAUUCAAAGUUAUCUAUGUAUUUAUAUAUCUACUUUUUGUACAUUCUAUGAUCUAGUAAUUUUCUUUCUGCAAGCAGAGGUUUAAAAGCAUGAUAUAUGUGUAUA